AUGGAGAAAGUCGAGGAUGUCUUCGCUACAAACGACCCUUGGGCGUCCCCAACGCAACAGGUGUUCACGGUCAUUGGCAUCGUGUUCGUCUCGUACAAGAUCUUCACCUUUUGGAGGAUGAUAGCGUCGCUGUUCAUCCUCCCAGGUAAAUCGCUUUCGAAGUUUGGCAGAGAAGGCACUUGGGUUGUCGUAACCGGAGCCUCCGACGGCAUUGGCAAAGAAUACUCACUCCAGCUCGCUGCAAAGACCUACAACAUCGUCCUCGUUUCCCGUACAAAGUCGAAGCUUGAUGCGCUGGCCUCGGAGAUUCAAGAGAAGUACAAAGUGCAGACCAAGGUGUAUGCGAUGGACUUCGCGGCCAAUAAAGAUUCGGAUUACAAGGCGCUCAACAAGCUCAUCUCUGACUUGGACAUCUCUGUCUUGAUCAACAAUGUGGGCCAGAGUCACAGCAUUCCUGUGCCAUUCAACGAGACGACCGAAUCAGAGAUGAAGGACAUCAUCACGAUCAACUGUAUGGGUACGCUGCGCGUCACGCAGCUGAUUACCCCGGGCAUGAUCCAGCGGAAGCGUGGCCUGAUCUUGACCAUGGGCUCAUUCGGUGGUUUGACUCCUACACCAUUGCUCGCCACAUACAGCGGCAGCAAGGCUUUCCUUCAGCAUUGGUCGACAGCCUUGAGCGCCGAACUUGCACCCUACAACAUCCACGUCCAGCUUGUGCAGUCAUAUCUUGUGACUUCUGCGAUGAGCAAGAUUAGACGCUCAUCGGCGCUUAUUCCGAACCCAAAGCAGUUUGUCAAAGCUGCAUUGAGUCGGCUUGGAAGGUCGGGUGGAGCGCAAGGUAUGGCUGGUACGAGCACACCGUACUGGUCGCAUGGCAUCAUGCAUUGGGCAAUCCAAUCGUUCGUGGGCACCAUGAGCGGCAUCGUUCUGAACAUCAACAAGAGCAUGCAUGAGGAUAUCCGCAAGAGAGCGUUGAGGAAGGCGGAAAGAGAGGCGAAGAAGUCUUCAUAA